AUGAUGCAAGCGAGCAGCCCGAAUGGAGCGGUCUUGGGCUUAGGUGGUGACUCUUGGACGGUCGAUUCUCGGGCGAUCGUGGGCGGAAAUGGUGAAUGUCAGUGUGAGGCUGGAUAUGGAGCGUCGGAUUGCUCUGUAGAUAUCACCGAACCGCCGAAAACAUUUGGGCUGAAAGAGGAUGGCGUCUGUGAUGUCACCACCCGCACCUGCAACAUAGACUACAACAAUAGUGUAACUUAUGGUGAAGCGUUACCCCAGGCACUGGAAGUGGAAAGCAUUGCUGAAGGCGUCUGCUCCCUGCCUGCAGCACCUCUUGUAAUGAGCGCUUCCAACACCGUUGCCCGUGGUUACCUAGUGUCAGUCUCCAAUGAUGGAAAAGCAUACAGUGAUGAAAGUGCCGUCGUCAUCUUCAACUCAUCAUGUCAGGAGUGUGACGUUGCUAACAACGUUGUCACGUGCAGAUUUGUGAGCCAGGCCUGUAAGAGUGGUGACGUCUGUGUUUCCUUUGGUCACCCUCAUCCACGUGACAGCUGUCACGUGUGCUCAGAUGGACAAUGGGUACCAAGUACUGCGUUUGAUGAUGGGUGCCAACCGGAUAACAAUAUGUUGAUUAUUGCGUAUUGUUUUGGUGGAGCACUAGUUAUUGGCCUAUUGAUUGGGUUGGUCUUGUGGUUCCGUUUACGUUCGAGAUCUCCGAACGCAUGUACUAAACAAAGGCAAGAAAACACGAAAUACAAGUCCACUUCCUGAAUACCCAUUGAGGCAGAUAUUCAUUCAACAUAUCUUCUGUAAUGAUGCUAAAUGAUAGUUUAUGCCAUUUAUUUGAAGUGGAAUGUGUUUGUAAAAUUAAUACAAUCUGUAAAAUCUAAUGCAAUAAAUAUGUAUUAUGAGGUA